AUGGCUCGUUCAAAACGUUCAGCUUCCGCAAGUCCGGAACGUGGCAAGAAGCGGCGGAAGGUGGUCUUGGUGAAAGCUCAGGCGGCAGCAGAAAAGGCAGCACUGAAAGAGAAGAGCCGCCUUGCGAAAUCACCCAGACCAAAGCCAUCUCCAAUACCCGGCGGAACGGCAGGACGAAUCCUGGAAUGGCUGGGACAUUCGCAGCGCCCAGACCGCUUCAACACGGAGCGGGUAGAGCUGCAGGCCUUGCCGGCACAGCUUGCGCCCAAAGCCCGAUCUCCGGAGAUGAGCCGUCUAAAACCAGCUCCACGAGCGGAUGCCGCAGCGACCGAUGAUUCCGAAUCAUCUGCCACAGAGAGCAGGAGUAGCAGCCCAUCUCGAAGUCCUUCUCCAAUUAUGGCACCGGCCGUUGUUCCUCCACCUCCUGCCCCGAAGGUGAACAAGAGGCCCAAGGCAGCAUCUCCGAAAAAGGUCAAAAAGACGAUUGCUGCGGUGCCACCUGCCGCGAAGGCAAAAAAAGUGGCGACAGCUGAGCCAAGCUUUCCGGCGAAGAACAAAAAGGCAUCUGCAGAGCCAAUGCCGGCGAAAUCCAAAAAGGCUGUGGACGUUGAGCCCAAACCCGCCUCUGUUCUGGUGCAGCCGCCUGCCCCUGCUGCGCCGCAGCUGUCACAGCCGGAGCUCUCCGAGCUGGACCAGCUUGGCCUCCAGGAAGCCGUUUUGGAGCGGCUUCGCUCACUCUGCGACAAAGAUGUCGAACCCAAGGUUCUGGCUGAAUACAUCGUAGUUCUGGCACAGAUGAACAAAGGCCCGGAGCAUUUGUCGGGUGAGCUGGAAGCUUUCUUUUCGGACAAGGCUUCGCUACACUCGUUCGUGCGAUGGGUGGAGGACUGCAAGUAUUCGUUUCUUCCUGGCGGACAGCCUGCAAAGCAUCGGAGCACACCGAUGCCCAAUGGCAAAGGUUCGCAGCCAGCUGACUUUUGGGGUCCAGCCCCUGACACAUCGAACGGAUCGCGCUUGGCAAGCAAGACCGUGGAGGCUUCGCCUGUCGGACCAAAGACUGUCCGUCGUGGCUAUGGCACUGGUCCUCAUGUGGCGGUCACUAGCCGGGUGGUGCUGCAGCCCAACCCCAACUUCGACGCUGGCCCCGCGAAGGUUACACCUUUUACGCAUCCGUGCCCACUCUUGCGUUUGCCCUCUGCGCCUUUUGCGAGCGCAGGCCCCGACGAGUACGUCAGUCUCGAAGGCCGCGCGUGUGGGUAUGUGUGA